CUCCCCCCCUCGCAUUAACUUUCCUUUGCGUCUGAAAGCUUCUGCGAUUCGUCUAAAGGCAACGGUUCGCGCGCUCUUUUCCUUUUUUUCUGAUAAUUAAUUUAUUAGUAUUUCUUUUCGUAUUAUUAGUUUUAGCAGUUUUUUAUUUAGUACAUUUCUUUUCGUAUUAGUAUUUCGAUCUAGUUUUAGUAGUCUUUUAUUUAGUUUUCUCGUGUAGUUUAAUUAUUAUUUGUUUAUUUUUCUGUUUACUGCAGGUUAAUUAGUUUCUAUAUAUCUUCUGUUACUACUUCCGUCAAACUAGAUUCCGUUUGGUGUCUCCGUCUAAUUUUUUAGUGAGUUUUUGCCUUUCGUUAGUGUUUCACAUCUAGCUUAGAUCUUGUCUAGUUUAUUACUUCCGCGCUUGUCUAGUUUCCAUCGUCAAUUUAAUAUCUUUUAUUUUCCGCAUUCAUACUUGCAUCAUCCGUUUCCUGUUAACGUGCACGCGCGUGGCUUGUCACUCAUGGCUACCGUGUGCACGGUCACCCCUGCUGCUACUCUGUCACGUGUAGGCUGUGCUUGGAGCAACAAGAAGCCCGGCCGCGCGUCGACGAGCGAGAGCUGGACCAAGGACAAGCUCGUCGCCCGUACCUCGUCGAGCCUUCCAGGCCGUGGGUCCCUGAGUGACAAUUGGAUAAGAGACAAGACCGAGAGCAAGGAGACCGAUACUGAGCAUGUCGAGCGGUUGCUAUCGAGGGAGAUCGUCAGUCAGAUCGGAGGUAAUGCUGAAAAGAAUGAGAUCAACGACGAGCGUGCGGGGCGAUCGCCGUCGAGGGAGAUCAAUCAGGCCGGAGUCAAGAGGGUCUUGAGCCGAGCGUCAUCAGUGGAGAUCGAGCGAAGUGACAAGAAGGCAAAGCCGGAGGAGGAUGUGGAGCCGGUGGCAGUAGUGGUGGCCGUGGAGGAAUACUACGCUGGCCCGGCAUUCAUCAAGGCGCCACAUCCGAGCGAGCUGCCCCUGCCCUUGUUCGUCAAGUCUCCGGAUCCGAGCGAGUUGCCAAUUCCGAAGUUCCUGAAGACGCCCAAGGCGGAUAUCAAGAACUAAAGCUUACGAGAGGACAGUACCGUUGAUAAUAACCCAAGAACGAGCUACUACGCUUAAUCUAGUUUGCUUCCUUAUUACGUAUGGCAGAUAUGGAAAGGGAGUACUAGUUAUGUUUAUCUCUGUAAGCUGA